AUGUUCAUAAAAUUUAGUUCCAGUAGAGUGGAAAUUAAAACAUUUUCAACAGCCUGCGUGAAAUGUUGCAGUGAUAGCAACAGCUCCAAAACUUCUGAAAAACCGCUGAACACCAAGCUUAUAGCUAAACAGUCUCUGCUGUCUAGGAGAAGAUCCUUGUCUCCCCUCGAGAGGAUCAGUAACCUGCUUCCUCAAGAAUCAUUGAGCCCUGAGGUGAUCGAGCUGAGAGAAUAUAAUCAGCCAAAUGAAGAAGACACAUGUAUGCAAGAAGAGCAAAGCUCCUCUGAUCUCUUGGCCAUUUUGUCCAAACAACAGCAAAAUCCUGAUAUAGACGCGAAAGUGAUGUCACCCACUCUCUCACAAAAGACCUCACUUGUGUACGGGGAGCUGUUAGUGGCCGAGUAUCAUAGAAAAGGGAAUGUGGAGUUCAGGAAGAUGUUCCAACUUCAACCUGGAACACGUCUGCAGAGCAGCUGGGGGAUUAUACUGCAUGAAGAUGUAGCUGGUCAGCCUGCAGGUCAUUUCCAGAGGACAAACAGAGGGGUACCCAUCUUCAUACGACGUGCCAGUUUGGAGGAUUAUGUGGUUUAUAUGAAGAGAGGCCCUGCUAUCUUGUAUCCAAAGGAUGCCAGCAUUAUGCUGAUGAUGAUGGAUGUCACAGAUGGAGACUAUGUGCUGGAGUCAGGAUCUGGGUCUGGGGCCAUGUCUCUGUUUUUGUCUCGAGCAGUGGGCUCUAGGGGCAGCGUGCUAAGUAUUGACAUCAGAGAGGCUCACCUCAGAAGAGCCAUACUAAAUUACCAGCGGUGGAGGACCUCAUGGAGAGCAUGGAAAGGGGAGGAGUGGCCUGACAACGUCGAGUUUCAUAAUGCUGACCUUUGUACGGCUUCAUCUCUUCUCACCUGUCGGGUAUUCAGUGCGGUUGCUCUUGAUCUGAUAAACCCACACCUUGUUUUGCCCACUGUGAUUCCACAUCUGCACCCCGGAGCUGUAUGUGCCAUCUACCUUGCCAAUAUAACACAGGUGACUGAUCUGUUAGAAGGACUUCGAUGCUCAGCACUCCCUUUGCUGUGCGAACGCAUCAUCGAGGUUCCACUCCGAGACUGGCUUGUUGGUCCCGCCCUUCUUAAAGAUGGGCGAUAUUGUUCGAGGAAAGCUCUGAUAGUCAAUGAAACCCAGAGAGAACAGGAGAACACUGCACAUGGCACAGAACAAGAGGAACAUCCAGUCUUUGGGAGUGUUCCAUACAUUGCCAGGCCUCAUCCACAACAAUUGAGCCAUACAGCAUUCCUGGUCAAGCUGAGGAAGUUUGUGAGAUAG